AUGGGACUGAAUACCCCCCUGCCAGGCUGGUCGCCACCCAGCGCUAUUGGUGUCGGCGGCUUCGGAUUCGGCGGACAGGCUGGUGCCGAAAUGACCGACUUCCUCAUCGUUCUCAACUCACGAUCGGCCCUCGCUUCGUUCAUGAGCGCCGGCUCGCUCACCCUCGGCGGCAACCUCUCUGUGAGUAUCGCUUCGUCGUUCGAUGCAGUUGCAUCUCUGAGCAGUUUCAGCUUGCGAAAUCUGAGACGUGGCAGAGAUAACCCCAAACGAAAUAGAGUUGUUGCCGAGUUUCAUGUCACUGACCCCUCGCAGGUUGCCGUCGGACCGCUUGGCCGCAAUGCUGAAGGCUCCGGCUCUGUCAACACCAAGGGCAACCUCGCCGCCAUGUACUCGUACUCGAAGACCAAGGGCCUGUUCGGUGGUGUGUCCGUCGAGGGCACCGUGCUCGGCGAGCGCAAGGACGCGAACAAGGCGGCUUACGGUGGCGAGCCGACCGCCAAGCAGAUCCUUACUGGCUCCUUUGACCCGCCAAACUGGGCGUACACCCUCAUCGACGAGCUGAACCGUUGCACGGGCAUGCCGGGUGGCCAGACCUGGAUCGACGACUCGCGCUAUGCUCAAAACUUUGACGGCCGCCGCAACAGCUAUGACUAUGACGACUCGGAUUUCAAGGGCGCCGAAGAGCAGGACGAGAACCCCUACCGCUCUGGCUACUCGACGCCACCUGCGGGCUACGCAUUCGGGGAGGGCGUCGGUGCCGGCGGCAACACGAGCCGCAAGCGUGCAAGCUCCCUCUUCUCGAUCGGCGGCAAGGACAAGGGCUCGGCCGCACCCAUGUUCGCCUCGCGCAGCACGCACGAGCCCGCCGAGCGCUCGGGCAACUCAACGCCGCCCGAGCAGCGCAACGCCCCGUCGAGGCCGUGGGAGCGCCGCUCCAGCGCCUACCUCCCUAACCUCCCCCAUCUCCCCGGAACGCGCAAGGGUGACUAUGACCGCCGCCCUGGCCCGAGCAGCGAGACAUACAACGCCGAGGUGUCUCGGAGCUCAAGCGUGAAGCGUCCGUACGAGAAGAAGGCGACGCCGUCUCCGUUCAGCGAUGCGUUUGCGACCAACGGCACCUCGCGAAGCAGCACGCCGCCGUCCGACUCUUGGGACGCUGCGGGUGCUGGACCCAAGGGGCCGAAUGCUUCCUGGUCCACGGGCAGCAAGGACCUGCUGGGCAGCUGGGACGCGGACGAGCAGGGCCUCACUCAAAACUUUGGCCGCAUGGGGAUUCGGCGCAACACUGGCACGCCCCCGCGCUCUCGCUCCAGCUCGCAGGCGCGCCCCUUUGAUGAUAUUGCCGAGGACCCGUAUGCGAUCAACCGCCCUUCGCCGCCGCGCACGCCGUCGCGAGGAGGCAUGUCCCCCUCUCGCUCUGGCACCGGUAUCGCGGCAGCUCUGACGCGCAAGCUGACCGGUCGCAAGCGUGCAUCCACCCUGCAGACGCCGUGGGAGCGUACCCGCGCCCCGAAGGAGUGGGACUCGCCUCUGGAUGAGUACCCCGAGCCGACAUGGCGAGGGGAGCACCAUACUCUGACCCGUGAGCGUUCUGCAUCCCUCGGCAACCCGCUCGGCCACGCUGGCUCGUCCGCCUACAACAACCGCAACUCGAUGUAUGGCGCGCCGCCGCGAGGCAACAUCAACCCGCUCGCGCACGAGCGUGACUCGGAGGCGGGGUAUCCCCGUGCCGUGGCUCUGUUCGACUAUGCGAGCACCGAGUCGGAGGACCUGCCGCUCCGCAAGGGACAGAUCAUCACGCUGCUCGAGGGCGUCGACGCGCAGUGGUGGAAGGGACGGUGUGACGGCAAGGAGGGCAUCUUCCCGAACAACCACGUCGAGGUGCUGGACAUUCCCAAGGUGCUCAAGUGCAAGGAUCUGACGAGGAGCCAGCUGCGCUCGCGUGUGCUGGGUCUGAAUGAUUUUGACUAG